AUGAAGUUUAUAUUGAAACAGCUUGUCGAAUUUCCAGAACUAAAGCGUGUCAAGUGUGACUUAGAAGUCUUGAGAGUAGAAGAUGAUCUUAUUGAAGUUCAUGACACUUUUACUAUUCUUCAGGCUUACCCCAAAAUUUUAGAAUCUUUUGAACUAAGAUUUAGAAAAGUUGAAAACAACGGAAAUUACUCCAGUGUGAUCCUGCCAAGAAAUAAUAUUAAAACUUUAAACUGUGUCACUGCAUUUUCAUUGGAUACAAGCGGUCUGAUUUCACCCAUUCUCAAUUACAUAUCUUUCCCCAAUAUUACUACUGCUAAUGUGUUUUUGGAUUUCCCUAACCAGAAUCUUUUGUUUGAUCCGCUUGCUAUGUCCCUUACAACUUUGUCGGUUAUAAUUGGUCCAACAUUCGAAAAAGGAUUUUUAAAAUGUUUUGCUUCCUUGAAGUCUCUUGUCAAUUUUGAAGUCAAUUUGUCAAAAUCGGUUAUGUACAAUAGCGGAUUUGCUCGGUAUUUUGAUAUAGCUGAAAAGUUUGCAACUUCUGCUGAAGGUAUCAGUAAGGAAGAGCUUGUUGACAAUUAUACCUUUUCAAAAUUCUACAACGAUGAUAUUUCAAAGCCUUUUAAAUUGGAUUAUAUGAACGAAUCAGUUGAUGAUCAAUAUUUACUGGAUUUAUUUCAUAAAAUUUGGAUUGAAAACCCAAUGGAGGCCGUUACAGACGAUACCUUUACUACAUUAAACAGACAAUUUUCCUCCAUACUAUUUUACGAGUGCCUUUUUUCUCUCAUAUUUUUUUCAAACAUUUCUUAUUUACAUCUUAGAGCAGAAUAUGGAUUUCACGCAUCACCAUGGUUAUAUAAAUUGUUAAUGAAGCCAUCGAGUCUUAGACAAGUUCUAAUGACCAAAAGAGCAAAACCUGUUUCUAUACCUGAUGUUGAUUACAGAUUGAUCGAAAAUAAUUUCAUUUUUUUUGAUGUCAAGGCAAGAAGAAAACUUAAUUAUAGGAUGGUUUAUAGAAAUUGUUAUUCUGGUCAUAAUUUGGAGGAAAAUAAAUUAACUGAUCCUGGCUUUAAUGGCUGGGUAUAA